UGCACCGGGAAUAUUGUCGUCAUAGUAACUGGCACGAAUUCUAUAAACAUAGCCACAUUGAUGUGUCAAAGGUUGGAUGAAAAAGCUAUUCGAGUGGAGCUUCCUUCCUGAUGUGUAUAAAGAUGUGAAUGCGUUACGGUCCGCGUACACCGUUUCCGUCUGAAAAUUUUCGUCGUCCUCAAUCCUUCGUGAUCGUCGUGUUGAUUCGCAAAGUUUCGCCGUGUCCACGAUCCCGUCGCGAUGUCGUCAAAAAAUACCAACGAAAAGGUUCUGGAGAUCGACGCUCACGUCAGCAAACAUUAUGACAUCGUCCGACGUCUUGGCAAGGGGGCUUACGGCAUCGUAUGGAAGGCGAUUGACAAGAAAAACAAAGAGACGGUGGCGGUAAAGAAAAUCUUCGACGCCUUCAGAAACCAGACGGACGCGCAGCGCACAUUCCGCGAGAUAAUGUUCCUACUGUCGUUCGCCAACCACGAGAACAUCAUACGGUUGAUCGGCCUGCACAAGGCGAACAACGACCGGGACAUAUAUCUCGUUUUCGAGUACAUGGAAACCGAUCUCCACAACGUGAUUAAGAAGGGCAACAUCCUCAAGGACAUCCACAAGGUGUUCAUCAUGUAUCAGCUGUUUAAGGCGAUCAAAUACAUUCAUUCCGGGAACGUGAUACACAGGGACUUGAAGCCGUCGAACGUUCUGUUGAACGCUCAGUGCCAUUGUAAGAUCGCCGAUUUCGGAUUGGCACGAUCGGUGACGCAGAUAGGCGAAGGCGACGGCGAAGCCGGCAGCGAUCCCACCCUCACAGAUUACGUAGCUACUCGCUGGUAUCGCGCACCGGAAAUCCUCGUCGCAUCGAAAAGGUACACAAAGGGCAUAGAUAUGUGGUCGUUAGGAUGCAUUCUCGGCGAGAUGCUCCUUGGGAAGCCGCUGUUUCCUGGCUCGUCGACGAUAAAUCAAGUAGAAAGGAUAAUGGCCACUCUUCCGCCACCCACCAGGGAAGGUAAUUUCACCCCGACGUUGCAUUUGUUCGGUGGAAAGAUAGAAAAUAGUCCACUCGCGGUGAUUCUUUCAGAUCUAAUUUCGGUCAGUGCCGGGUACGGCACUAAUUUGUUGGAAAAAACACCGAACGGACCCAGGCGGUCCUUGACGGAUCUGCUACCCGAAGUGUCCGAAAAGGCAUUGGAUCUCAUCAGCAAUUUGAUAGUCUUCAAUCCGAAUCACAGAUUCACUGCUGUCGAGGCCUUGGAGCACCCUUACGUGGCUCACUUUCACAGGAGAAGCAACGAGCCGGAAAGAGGCUCGAACGUGGUUCCGUUGCUCCGGGACGACGUACAACUAUCCGUCGACGAGUACAGGAAUAAGCUCUAUUCAAUGAUGGACGAGAAGCAUCGCAAGCAUAAGAACAUGUCAAAAUCCAGAAUCAGGCGAUUGUCGGAGCACAUCAGGAAGGAAACGCUUAGCAAUAAUAGUAAUCCGGUGAUCGGGCAGGGCGACGCGACUGUUGGCAAAAAUUUUACGCACUCGUAUCAAGAUUUACGCAAAGAGAGAGGUAGAAGCGACGCGUACGAUCCUUGCUGCCUGGAGGUGCGUGUGCAGCUACCGAACAGGAAGACCACGCGGCAUUCGCAAAUCGACAGCGGGGAACGAAUCACGAAGACGAGAUCCAUAAGCAUGUCCGCGGAACCGGCAACGAAAAGUGUAAAGGGUCUCCGACCGAGCAACGAGACUAAGAACGUGGCGACCCAGUACACGCAGAAUCUCGUCAACGGGAAUCUGAAUAAUUUGACGCCGAGCACGACGAAGAGCUGCCUGUAUUUCAACCAGCAACGGCAGCUGUCCAAAUCCCAGCGUUCGAUACAGUCGGAUCAAGCGAUGGUGUGUGCAGCUGCUAGGAGAUCGAAUCAGAUAGCGUCUGGUAGCCGGGACAAGCUGCGACGAAGUUGCAAACAGGUACGCGGCAGCACUCGGUUAUUAGAUCACGCGAACUGGCGCGAGGAGGACCGUCAAAAGACUCCGCUGGGUCAGGACAACUCGAAGGCCAUUCAGGCGAAAUAUUUCGCGAAGACGCCGGGCACCGCGUCGUCUUCUUUCUAUCUGAGGCCCACCAGCAACAGCAACAAGAACACCUGCAGCGCCGAGUCUCUUUACAAUUCGUAUCAUCCCUCCGUGAAGAGUCAAGUAGUACGAAAUUAUUUGAAUCAGACUAUGCCAUCGUGCGCCGACAAGCAGUCCGCGUCGCUGCCCUGUCAAUCGAGGAUAUCGCUUUGGAACAGCACCGGGAACAUCGAGAAAUUGCACCCGCUCGCUAAUUAUCAUCCAUCGAUCGGGAACAGUCGAUCGAAGAAUCUGAUCUCCAGCCACGUAACGGGGACGCAUUCUAAGCACUCGAACGAGGGUAGCGUUAACAGCGGGAAGAGGUCGAUACGCGGCGACGCGCCUUUCUUCGACAGCUACGCCCAAAGUCACGGCGUGAUAACCGCGUCCGCGUACAAAGAUCUACGUAACGGGACUAUAAGGUGGUAAAACGUCGCGUCAGGCUUCCGAGAAGAAGAACGAGGAAACGGAGGCCGCACAUAUUUUUGUAUGACUCAUUAUCCCGAAAUCUUGUUUAAAUCCCAGUUAGACGGCACGAAUGGAGAAUGGAAUCGCACCACACGAAUAUUCCCAGUAUUAAACGCACGUAUUCGACGCAUUCUCGAUAUUAUAAAUAUUUAAGGGACUGACGUAUUAUUAGAAAUUAGGAACGAACCGCUGACCGCUGCGCGCUGGGCCAUCGGCGGCCGUUCUUUUUCUCGGAAGCUAUCGCCAAUUGUACAGGAGAGCUAACGUUCCUAUAUAAAUAAAUCUAACAAAAAGUCAGUGGAUAUGCGAAAGUAUAACAGCGUAUCGAGCAAUCGAUACUUGGAAUUCCUACGGGAACAAACUGCCGGGAGCCUCAAUGUAAACGGAGCCACCAUAAAUGCAGGCGUAAGAAGCGAACAAAUAGUGAUCUCGAGGCAAAUGGUACUUUAAGCUCUUAGGUAAGAAGAACCUUGCGAAAUACGAUCAGUUUAUAGUUCUAGGAUAAGAGGGAAUCGCCCACCGACAUUCGUUCAAUAAAUAAAUCAAAUUCGUUUCGAUUGGAACGAUAUAUAAUUGUUACAAGAUGAUUCGAGGAGCAAGCAAGAAUUCGUGGCGGAACAAAUGUAUAAGUACGUAAUUCCAAGCCAAUUGUUACGGGGCCAAUACGGUGUAAAGUUAUGCUAUUUACACUCGUGGCCAUGCGAGAACCGAGGGUUCCCGCGCUUAUUACUUUUAUUCGUGAACUGCGUAGCAUGUAAAUUCCUUUGUAAUAUACUUUUUGAGAUAUCUUUAUGCGGCUAUGUGAUAAUAAUCCAAUUCGUAUGUAUUACCUGUCGUGGAAUAAAUUUUUACUAAAGGAAUGGAUGGUUCGCUCCUCUUCCCUUUUCCGAUCAGAAAAGAUUGCUUUCGCGUCCUCUGCUUCAAAGUAUCAAACCGCAUUCCCAUUUUCCAUCCCGCGAUGCGAAUUCCAGUUACCGAUGGAUGCCGCGUUCCUUUCAGUUCGUUUCUCCGAAAGUGCCGUGUUAAUAACGAGAAAUACGGUAAGCUUUUGCUUUUCAGAGAAUCAAAAUUAACUCAAGUUUCACCAUCCGUCAUGUUGAGUUUCCGAGAGGAAUAAUGUAUGCACGGUCCCAGGAAAGUUGAACAGCGCGAUUCAUUUGCCAGUUCGGAAAAGUAUUCCACGCCACGAAUGUUGAAAUUUAUGAGCCAACCUCUUUGCGAGUAUCCCGUGCUCGAUCGCGACACGCGGUUCAACGAAGUUUUUGCGCAUCGAGGAACAAAAUUUUUCUAAUAAUUGCCCAUUGACUGAUUAAUCCGGGUGAUAUUUGAUCAUUCGAAACGCGUGGAAACUGCAGGCGCGGUAUUGAAACGGCCGAACGUAAUUGGAGAAGCUAUCGAGAAAAUGAAUUUUCUGUGCGUGGGAGGAUGUAGUCCUAAUCGAUAUGUCGAGGAGGGAGACAAAGGGCAGCAUUGUUUGCGAUAACCCUACGAUUUUUCAGCAAUGUCUACUAUCUAUUUGAAAUAUGGAACAUCGAACGGCGUCCUCGUUUCAUGAUUCGUUCUCGCUGAAAUGAAAAUGAGCCACAGAUCUUUGCAUAUAUAUUGCAAGCAAUUUACUCAUCUCCGCCUAUUUAUACCGGCAUCAAUCCAAUAAUUGAAAUAACACCGUGAACGUCAACCCGUAGAACAAACGAGUUUACUCGAUGUAAACAAAUGCUCGCGAGACCAUGCUCGUAUUCAUUCACAUUCUAGUGUCGCAGCUGCGUUCCUUCCUUUUUGCCAUUCUACACGAACGGAAUUGUUUCGGCCAAAAACUAAAACGAGUGGCGGGUGAACGACAACUGGUAAACAGUGACGAGCACUCGACACUCUCGACGCUUUUAUUCACAAAGCGCAGCCCUAUUUGUCUCUUCCACUUAAAAAACUUACCCUUUCGCUCGGACCCUCGUUAAAUUACUGAAUGCACU